AUGUCGUCGAUAUACAAUAUCGAGCCGCAACCAACAGCCUCGCUAAUCCUGCACACGACCCUCGGCGAGCUAUCUGUCGAGCUCUUCGCCAAGCAGACAACGCUUACGUCGCGCAACUUCCUUCAGCUUUGUUUGGACGGCUACUACGACAAUACGAUAUUCCACCGCCUCGUCCCGGGCUUCAUCGUACAAGGUGGCGAUCCCACGGGCACGGGAAAUGGAGGCGAAUGCAUCUACGAUGGCGGCGCAUACAGCGGAGAUCUGGAUCCAUGGCCGAUGGACCAGCGGCGGGGCCAGAACGCAGGAUCUACGGGUGUGAACUUUAGGGACGAGUUCCAUUCGCGACUGAAGUUCAAUCGAAGAGGUCUGCUUGGCAUGGCGAACGAGGGGAAGCCCGACACCAAUGGCAGCCAAUUCUUCUUCACCCUGGAGAAGGCCGAGGAGCUCAACAGAAAAAACACCAUGUUUGGGCGCAUAGUGGGCGAUACUAUCUACAACCUUUCGCGCAUAGGAGAAUCAGAGGUGGCCGAGGGUAGCGAGCGGCCCCUUUACCCCAUCAGGGUCACCAGCGUCGAGAUCUUGGUCAACCCAUUCGAUGAUAUGAAGAAGAGGGAAAGGGUAGCCAGGCAUGUCGAGAAAGCGCCUGCUGCAGAAAAGAAGAGAAAGAAGCCGAAAGCUGGAAAGAAGCUCCUGAGCUUUGGCGACGAGGAAGAGGGGGUUGAUGCGCCGGUGAUCAAGAAGGCGAAGUUCGACUCCCGUAUCGUCAUGGACAUCGAUGAGGAACCCACAUCAGCACCCAGACAACCAAAGAGCCACACCAUGAAGGAGAAGGUCAUCAAGACGUCUAUUCCAGUACGGGAACCUCAAGCAGAAGUAAGAUCAGAGAGAAACCCAUCAGCGGGGUCUAAGAGGGACAUACCAAAGCCGGUGUACGAUGAUCCCUCCCCCGAACGCGAAUUACCCAAGAAGUCCGCCUUGGACCAAGCCAACGAGGAAAUCGCGGCCCUCAAAGCAUCCAUGAAACGCACAAUACAUUCCGAACCGCUCAAGGAGGUGAAGAAGACAGCGUUGGAGCAAAUGAUACCCGCCACGUCUACACGCGCCCGCAAGCGGCGGAGAGGAGGCGAAGGCACGACCGAGGAGGAACAGCGAGCACGCUCACUACUUUCUGCUUGGAGUUCUGCGCUCGGGGAGUUGGGGCCCGAAAAAGAGCAGGCUGUCGCACCCGUGGUCGAAAAGGGCGCGGAGCAAGCGUCGGGCGAGCAAGAUGAUGAGGCCGAGCUCUGCGAUCUGCACUUUAUCGCCCACUGCCAGAGUUGCAACGUGUGGGACAAGGCACAGAAUGACGACAGCGACGACGAGGGCUGGAUGUCACACUCGUUAAGCUGCGUGGCCGACAAGCUGGGUAAGGACCUGCAAUAUCGCAAAAAAGCUGAAGAUGAGUUGGUCGUUAUCGAUCCGAGAGCAAAGGCGCGCACUCUGAACGAGGAGAAGCGGGCCCAUAGGGAGGCACAGACUGGGAAGUCGGGCAGAGAAUGGGAUCAAGCAAGAAACGCGAAAUUAGCAAGGAGUGCUGCUCUUUCCGGCAGAGGAGCGAGGUGA